GAUGGUGCUUGGUGAAAGGGCGGGCGGGCGGCGGUAGCGCGGGUAGGCGCUGCUCUCGCUCCUCCUCCUCCUCCGCCUCCUCCUGCUCCUCCGCCGCCGCCGCCUCCUCGUAGCGCGGUGGUGGUGGCGGGCAGGCUCCGGCCGCGGCCCCGCAGCUCCCCGCCGAGGCGGCGCGGCCUCCGCUCCCUUCGCUCCCGCCUUUCCUCGGCCGCUGCUCGGCCCCGCCGCGAUGUCGGGCGGCGCGGCGGGCGCCCCCAAGUCUCUCGCGUCCUCCGGGCCCAAGUCGCUGCGGGAGAUGCCGCAUCCCCUGGCCACGUCCAGCAGCGAGGAGAUGGGGCCGGCGCUCACCCCCAGCCCCGACCUACUCCUGCCCCGCAGCAUCGCCGACAAGGAUCUCAGUCUACCCAAUGGCACACCUGUGGACACUUCUAGCCCAGCUUCCUCCUCAUCCCUUCUCAACAGACUGCAGCUGGAUGAUGACUUGGAUGGGGAAACCAGAGACCUCUUUGUUACUGUUGAUGAUCCCAAAAAACAUGUGUGCACAAUGGAAACGUAUAUCACAUACAGGGUUACGACAAAGACCACGCGAGCUGAGUUUGAUUUGCCAGAGUAUUCUGUCCGCCGGCGAUACCAGGACUUUGACUGGCUGAGAAACAAACUGGAAGAGUCUCAGCCAACGCAUCUCAUUCCACCUCUUCCUGAGAAAUUUGUGGUGAAGGGUGUGGUGGAUCGCUUUUCUGAAGAGUUUGUGGAGACGAGGAGGAAAGCAUUAGACAAAUUCUUGAAGAGAAUAACUGAUCACCCAGUGCUUUCUUUCAAUGAGCACUUCAACGUGUUUCUUACGGCCAAGGAUCUUAAUGCCUACAAAAAGCAAGGAAUAGCAUUGCUGUCAAAGAUGGGGGAGUCUGUGAAAUACGUCACAGGAGGCUACAAAUUAAGAAGUCGGCCACUGGAGUUUGCAGCCAUUGGGGAGUAUCUGGACACAUUCUCUCUAAAGCUUGGUACCAUUGACAGAAUAGCACAGCGGAUUAUCAAGGAACAGUUGGAAUACUUGGUGGAACUACGAGAAUAUGGACCUGUUUAUUCAACCUGGGGGGCGCUGGAGGUUGAGCUAUCAGAGCCACUGGAAGGGGCUUCUGCCUGUAUUGGAAACUGCUGCACAGCUCUCGAAGAACUCAGUGAAGACAUGACAGAAGAAUUCCUGCCUGUGCUUAGGGAAUAUAUAUUGUACUCAGAGUCAAUGAAGAAUGUGUUGAAGAAGAGAGACCAAGUUCAAGCAGAGUAUGAAGCAAAACUGGAAGCAGUAGCCUUGAAAAAAGAAGACCGUCCAAAGGUACCCACAGAUGUUGAGAAAUGCCAAGAUCGAGUAGAGUGUUUCAAUGCUGACCUGAAAGCAGAUAUGGAGAGAUGGCAGAACAACAAAAGACAAGACUUUAGGCAGCUACUCAUGGGGAUGGCAGAUAAAAACAUCCAGUACUACGAGAAGUGCCUUACGGCGUGGGAGUCAAUUAUACCACUAUUGCGAGACAAGCCAGAGACCAAAUAAGAAGUACCUUCAUGGACAGUCUAGCACUUCUGUAUGCAGUACCACUAGACAUACUGGAACUGUAUGAAGGACUCCUUUUUUUCAAGUUAACUGAAAUUCCAGCAGCACUGAAGCUGGAACAGACUCUCUGAAAACUAUUUGAAUUUUUUUUCUCACUUUCUGUGUUUAAACUGGGGUAUGUUUCAUCUUUUUGAGUUAUCUUGAAUGGUUCCUUCUUUAUCCUAUGGAGUGAUUGGGGGUUCAUAGUGAAAGUGCACGGGGAUCUUGAUAAAACUUACCUCUCUAGUCUGGAAGGAACUGAUGAGUGGAAGACUAAAAAGAUGAAAAUAAAACUCUACUGCAAGGUGCCAAAUGACAUCUUUAUUACCAUACUGUUUUGUUUGCUAAAAAAAAAAAAAAAUAAGGAUUCCUAUGAUACAGUACUUCCUAACCAAUUCUUAGCCCUUUUUUUGGAUGGACAGGGAAACGCUGGAAUGAGUGUUUUCUGUUUUGCUACUGCCCAUAUGUUCCCUCUGGUUAAAAUGGUUUCUGGAGACUUUUCUGUGUGGGAGUUGGGCUGGUGCUAAACAGAACAUACCAACACCAACUGUGAUGCAAGCAUGAACUGUGGUUUUUGUGAGUGUGGCAUGCUGUUGGUUCGUACUGAGUAUCUUUGUUUACCUUGGUGAUUAUGAAGUAAUGUCAGUUGGCUGAAGUGUACUUGUGACUGCCUUGGGGAUCAAAAUCAGCCUAGCUGUGGGACUGAAUUGAACAGUGGCCUUUCAAGGCUUAUGGGAAUGGUGGAAGCAAGUAUGAGUCUUUAGUGUAUUUUUUCUAAAACUAGCUCUGGAGGUUGCAUGGUAGAAUUCUCUUGGUCCAUGUUUUAAACAUUUUUUUUUUUCUGAACUAGAGCCACUUUGGCCUUGGUCACUUAAGGUGCCUGUUGUAGUAAAGAUAGAACGCUGCUUUCCCUUCUCAUGUUUUUUUGCAGCAGCCAAAAGCCAAAAAGUGUCAAAUGCUUGCUUAUACCAAGCAUCAUUGUGUGUGAAACUUGCCUUAAACAGGUUGGUGGGGGUAGAUGGGUACCCUUUUAGGUAUACACAGUGUUCAUACCUGUCACUACUGAACCACAUGGCAAGUCUUUUAAGACUACUUUUGGUACAGAUCUAUUUUCUUAGUAGUUUUUAUUGGCCUUUAGAAAUGUAACUGCUUCUGCAAGUCCUGUUUCUUCCCUUUCUCUUGCAGUCCAACCUCAAGUAAAUGCCUGCUUGGUGUUAAUGGCCUUAGGAAUGCUGCUGUGAUUCCAGGGGUCCAAGAGUCUUGGUUUAACAGCAUGCAGAGAAGUUCUUAACCAUCCUAAGUGAGGUAGUUUGGGGUUAAUAUCAGGGUAAUAUUGGGAUUUAGGGGAAUAAAUAACUGCACACUUACUGCUAAACUUAAGUGAUUACUUGAUCUCUGGCAACAUUCUUGCAAAGAAUCUGAGCAGUAAUUGAGUAUGUGCAACUUCUGUAUUCCCCUAUGAUGAUCUGCCAGGUACCCGUCUGGUUUGGGCUUUAUCCCUUCAUAAACACCAAGUAUACCCAAAUCCCCUCUACUCAGCAUGGUGGCUUUAUAGCACCCACCAAGGUGAGUUACUGCAGCAAUAUGGUAGUUGUCAGACUAAUGAGACAAUACUCUCUUGGUGCAAAAGUCAAGUUUAAAACAUUUUAAGAGGUCUUCCUUUUUGACUCAGCCUUCAUUGGCAACUCUGUGGUACUGAACAAACUGCUUUUUGGUUUAAGCUCAUGGUUUGGCAAUAUACGCUUACUUGGUGUAAAUAAGAACUCUGCUCUAAGUUGCUGUUAGGUCCAGAAUGAUGAACUACUCUUGUUGCACAAGGGAAGAUCUUAAGGAGAUCAUCUUGAAGCAGUAACCAAGUGUUCUCCUCAGUCUUUCCCAUAUAAAAAAGCACUUGCAUACCAUUUAACAGUCUGGCCUUCAGGGUUACAGUCUUCCUAUUUCCCACAAACAGACAUCAACAUGCUUUUUUGAGCUGGUUCCUGUGUGGUAAAUGUAACUGCAGCAUCACUGAGAGUCAAGCAAAAUAUAAUUUCAACUAAUAUUUAAACAGUCUUCCCUUCACCUUGUCAAAAAAAAAGUGAAAGAUGAGUAGAAGGGGUGGUGGGUUUUCUCCUGCAGGAGUAGGUUUUGUCUGAUGCCUUACAACACUGAGGUCCUGUUCCUUCUUAGUUUGAUGGCAAACUGAAAUGAAUGUUUGGUUCUGGGGAAUUUAGCAAUUUAUAUCACAGUUGUUCAUGAGAAGCAUAAUGGACAGUGGGGAGUAGCAAGUGGAGUUCAAAUCAACAUGUAACUGUUGAGGCUGGAGCUGUUGAAGAUCAGUUUAAAUACUCUUAUAUCUGUUGCCACUGAUUCUGCAGCAUGGUUUUUAAAUUAGUCCUCAUCCAAAGGAUGUUUUGGUUUCAGAUAAAUCCCUUUGUGACUAGGCUGUUGAAAGGCAGUCAUGCUUUGCACUUCCCUGUUGGAGUAUAUAGCUCUGUGGCACCUGGAAGUUGAUUUGGGGGAGAGUUUGGAAUGUGCCUCAGUCUAUGGCCCCUGACAGGAUUUCUUUCAUGAUCUAGAACACCAAAACCUCUUAAGCCCCUACAAGGGACAUAAAACUUAACAUCUAGAAGAGGAGUCCUCUGCAAGGAUUGCUGCAGUGUAAGAAGGAUGUGUAGUGGUGAGUCUCUCAGCUCCUAUGGGUUGUGGAGGAGUCUCUGAAAAGAGCUGUCAUAAAUUGCUAGGUAACCGUGAGAGAGACUGUGAGGUGUGGGGAGGAUCCUGACUGUGAGGUUUGGGGCAACAGUGUGGAACAGGAGAACUAUGAAAUAGAGGGGAAACUCCUCUAAAAUAUAAAGUGACACUUGUAGAGUUCACUUACUUAACUGCUGUUAGUGGGAGGUUGAGAUCUGAACUUAGUGAAACUCUGACAUGUUAUCCUGUAGUCCUCACAGGUCUCCUUUGGAUGGCCCAAACCUUAAGUGUGAAAAGGAAAAGGUGUUGGUGAAGGGAAACAGGAGUAGUGCAGGAGCCUCAUUGUUGAGUAACUUGAGUGUUCAGUCACCUAACCACCCUCAUAACAUGCGCUAAAAUGAUGUCAAAAGUAGUUGUACCCUUUCUGUGAGCCUCUAACAUGUGGGUCCUUCAACAGUCUUUAAAUUAGCCCAGUUUUCCUCAUAAUCCAUAGCCAGACCAAGUUCCCUCUCAGAGGAUGCAUAAUUCACUGCUGUCCUAGUUACUUCUGUGUAAUUUCUGGGAUGUUUUUUUCUUCUCUUAACUGGCACCAGCACAAUAAAGCAAGCACUGAGAUCUAGUCUUCAUGCUCGGUAAUGAGCCGUGCAUUGUUCACAUGUAUCUUUACCAGGUUGUGACUCUUGCAAUAAAUAUAGAUGUUGAAACAACAUGGCUUUUUCAGGUAUCCACGGGAAAAUGUAAAGCUAAUAGGCGUAGUCCUAAAGACACGAACUCUUCUGAUGUGAGUUGUAUCAAAAAAUAAACUAUGGACUCUUCACUGAA